AUGGCGCUGGGGCUCAGGCUGCCUGUUUUGCACAUUCAGUCAACAGCAGAUGAGCCGACCUCGCCCAAGAAGCCCAAGAGUGUCCCGGAGCCAGAGCCCGGCGAUGUGGAAGGUGGACCCACCUCUCCCCUGCCCUCCGAGUGGACCUCAGUGAGGAUCAGCCCCGGGGAGAACGUGGUUGGGCAGGACAUGAUGGCUGUGUGUGUCCUGGUCACCAGUGACGAGAGCAGCUCUGAUGCCGAGUCGGACUACGGUGGCAGUGAGGCCUCCAGUGUAGAGCCCUGUGGAGAGAGACCCUGGUGGCUGGAACCCCCACCCCUACCGAAGCCCCUCACCCGGCACAGCUCCCUGAAGGAGGCCCUUACUGGGGCAUUCUCUCCACAGGGCCCUGAGGAGCACAGAGCCGUGCACGCCUUUCAGGUGACAGCUCACAACCGGCUCUCACAGGUCUCGAGAGAUCAUUUCAAUCCUUCCACCCCGAUCUUUCUGAGGCGAGCCAGAGCCCCAGGAGCACUCAAGGAAAUCCCCCUGUAUCUGCCUCGUGGCCAAGUGCUGGAGCGGGCAGAGUACUGCCUGGUGAGCCCUAGUGGAGAUGGGCUCCCGAGCACCCCACCACCCAGCCCUGCAGAGAGGGCUUCUGAUGGGUGUCAGGAAGCAGAGGCCCCUCUUGGGGACACCAGAAGCAUCCACAGAGGCCCACACCCCAUUAGAGGGAAGGACAGGUGCUUGCCAGACCAAGAGCUGCCUCCCAGGGCUGGAGAGGACCCAGGAGAAGGGAGCACCAGACCCAGGAGGGGGGAGGAGCAUGGGUCAGAGCCUGCAGAGGGGAAGAAGUUGGGCUUAAAGAAGUUGGUCCUCAGUCAGGAGCAGAAGACCAGGUUGCUGGACUGGAAUGAUUCCAUCCCUGAGGGCUUGCGCCUGGAAGUGGGGACACGACUUUCCCAGAAAACUGCUGAGAAUGGUAGAGGAAGCCGUGUGCUGAAACCAGUCCACCCCUUGCUGCCCCCUCGGGCAGUGAGAGAGACCCUGCCAGCCCACAGAGAGCCUCAGGAGAAGAUGGGAACGCCAGCUGAAUGGACUCCAAGGGAGCGAAGUGUGUCCCCACCCAAGUCCCCUCUGCGGCUCAUAGCAAAUGCCAUCCGAAGGUCCCUGGGGCCCCUCCUUCCCAACUCUGAAGGUGGGAAGAAGGCCUGGGCCAAGCCAGAAUCAAAGACUUUGCCCACUAGCCAGCCACACGCUAGCGCCCGUUCGUUCAGCCUUCAGAAAACUAGCUCCAGUAAAGACUGGGACCAGCAGUCCCCCAAGAGAGACAUGUCCUCGGACCCUAGCCCCCCUGACCCUGCCCUCCGCACCCGCAGUUUGCCCAACCGGCCAUCCAAGAUGUUUCCUGAACUCGCAUCCCCACCCUGCAGCAAAAUGGAAGAUGUCCCUACACUGCUUGAGAAAGUGAGUUUGGAAGAGACCUUCCCAGAUUCUUCUAGCGUUCCAAAGAGAAAAACCUCACUCUUUUCCUCCUUCAGACUUAAAGACAAAUCUUUUGAGAGUUUCCUCCAAGAAUCCAGACAAAGGAAGGACCUCCGGAAUGUCUUUAGCAGCCCCCAGGGCAGGGUGCUGCCCGUGGACAAUGCCCAGCCGCUGGAGAAGCUAGUGCAGCCCUUCAGUAGCACCGGGCUGGGGCAGAGGGUCCAUCCUCCUCCAGAGGGAGUUGCAAGUCCCAAGCACGGCCCCAUGAGAAGGCAGGUGACAGGGGCUGCCUCUUCCCCCUCUUCCACCACCUCCUCCUCUACAGAUGAAGAAUUUGAUCCCCAGUCUUCCUUGUGGUCAAAGGAGAGGAAGACACUUAGAAGAAGAAGGAAGCUGGAAAAAGCAACAAAACAAUUGGUUAAGCAAGAAGAAUUGAAAAGACUUCAUAAAGCUCAGGCCAUCCAGAGGCAGCUGGAGGAGGUGGAGGAGCGGCAGAGGGCUUCUGAGAUCCAGGGCGUGAGGCUGGAGAAGGCUCUCAGAGGAGAAGCAGAUUCAGACACACAGGAUGAAGCACAGCUUUUGCAGGAAUGGUUUAAGCUGGUUCUGGAGAAGAAUAAAUUAAUGCGAUACGAGUCGGAGCUACUGAUCAUGGCCCAAGAACUGGAAUUAGAAGAUCAUCAAAGCAGACUGGAGCAGAAAUUAAGAGAGAAAAUGCUCAAGGAGGAGAGCCAGAAAAACGAGAAUGAUCUUAAUGAGGAGCAAAAAAUAUUCACCGAGAUGAUGCAAGUGAUUGAGCAAAGGGACAAACUGGUGGAUUCCUUAGAGGAACAACGCAUCAAAGAGAAGGCUGAAGACCAGCACUUUGAAAGCUUCAUAUUCUCCCAGGGCUGUCAGCUGAGCAGGACGUGAGCAGGCCUGGGGGCCUCUCCCUGGAAGCAAGCCGAGGACCAAUCAGACCAGUACACCUCACACGUGCCUAGUUCCUUUUGCAGAAUUUGUCAUACCUGGAACUUAAGUUAUAUCAUACUGCAAUAUUUUUUUUAAUUACAAUUCUCUCAUGUACUACAGCUGCCCAAGAUCCUUCCAGAGAUUAUAACGAAGAAAAUACAAAGACUCUUGAAAUUGGCAGUCAACUUCAGCAGGUCUCUCUGCCUGGAGGUGACCUUGGCAGGCGACCAGCAUUGUUUUCCCUAGAAAGUGACACAGAGGUAGACUUUCCUGCUGCUUUUAUCAUUUAUCCUCCCAAUUCAUUAAGUUACACAUCUUAAGAUUUUUAAGAAGCUGCCUUUUCAUUAACUAUAUCCCUAUUUGCCUUUUUUGCAUGGAUGAUCGGUGUCCAAAUGUCAGGAAGCAGCAGCAGCAGUUUAAAGAUCAGGUUAAUAUUUAAAUUGUGUUUCCAGAGAAAGAGGAGAAACCUUGAGAUUACUGAUUACAUAAAACAAAUAACUCAUAUAGCAGGUGUUAAUUCAAUCCAGGGUGAAUUUAAUUUACCAGGUGUAUUUAUAAGCCUUAAUAUAAUAUACAUAAGCAAUGAGAGUUGAAUAGAACAUUUGAGCCUUAAUUUUACUUAAAAAAAGAAGAAAGAAAAAGGGAAAUAAAACUUGAACUUCAUACCAGCAGGAUUGUUCAUUUUCACCAAAUACUGUUGGCUUAGAAAUGCUUUUUGUUCUCAGAACACUAUCCUUAUGGCCCCUGGAACAUACUGAAAAGCAUUUUUAGAAAAUGAAUGAUUUUGAAGUGCUUUGUUAUAACUGUUGGUAAUGGCAAAAAGGGAAACUCUUGCAUUUGUUGAUAAAAUAUUGGUGAGAUUGGUGCUGUUGCUAAAAUUGAACACACUGGUGACCCAAGACCAGGGAUGCUUCCGUGGUGGUCUCCUCAGGUCCAGACAAAGACGUGUCUCUGAGACUCUCUCCAGGCAUUGCUCAGGGACUCCACGGGACAAGGACAAACCACUUCUGACUCCAAAGCGGUGCUGAGUGCAGUGACCCCAUUUACCAAAUCCCAAAUUGGGUCAUGGAAUUUUUAUGACAUUUUCAGUGUGAAAGGAAAGCUGGGAGCCAGAGUUGGUGCACUGACAUGGGAUUCCUGGGAUGUUUCGAUGGUUCAUAUGGGAACCAAGGAAAAGAUUUUCAAUGGUGAUCGGUCGUCGUAAAGUAUUUGACUGUUUUCCCUCAGUGGGAUUCUUUGGAGAUUCAGUCUGUCAUUGACGAGAGCAGACUGUAGACCUCUUUGUUGGGUGUUUGGCCUCUCUCGUUUCUGCAAGUGUUUAAUUAAAUAUGUUGUUGGACAGAAGGUGCUUUGCCACAGUUGGCUUUGGGGGGAGACCUCACUUUCCUCAGAAGAAGUUGACCCAUGAACCGCUUCUGUCUGAGAUGCUGUCUGUGGGCACCAAUCGGGCCAGCUGACAAGCCAGAAGUUAGAAGUGUGACUGGAUUUCCCGAGUCAGCCAACGUUUUGGGUGGUAUUAAAAUGCAGCCUUUCCAUGGGAUACCAAGUUCUGAAGGUUGGAGGUCUUUUUUCUUUUCUUUCUUUUUUUCUUUUCUUUUUUUUUUUUUUUAUUAAGAAUCAGGUGUUGUAGUGCCUGAAUUCUAUUAUUAGGAAACAUGUACAAGCAUCUUUCUAUCUAUGAAAACUGUGCCACAUAUGGCUAUUUAUCUAUUUUUAUUUAUUUGUAUAUUUGGUAGAAAUUGCUAAUAUGGUUUCCUCAGAAUUCUGGUUUUCCUGUGUUAUAAUUUGGAGAAGACCUAUUAGCACUAAGAUAUUGGUAUAUAAGCUAUUUAUCCUACAAAUAACCCAGAUGUUUGGGACAGUGAGUUGUAUAGUAUUAAAGAUUUAUGGAGAUUGUCAAAAUAAUAUUUUCAGCAGUCAGGCAUUUUGAGAUAAGACUACAGAUUUCAAGAAUGUUAACUCAUUUUAAGGAAGAGAUAUAUAACCUCAGUUUUCAGUCUAGAAUAUGUAGAAAUAUUCAAGCCCAGUCUUUUCGGUCAGUUAUAUACAGGUGCAUUAUUUGGGGCUUGCAUACAUUUGACAGAUGAUGCUCAAAUGUGUAGUGUCUGGGUUGCUAUUAUGCAAAAGAAUUAAUUGCCACUUAUUUUAAUUUGUUCCAUUUCCAUCUAAAAGAAAGAUUCUCCCAAGAGGGCCAAGAAAGAAGGUAGUUCUAGGCCCUAGUAGUCUGUUAAUAGAUGAGAGAAGACCUUGCUCACUGUCUUUUCCAAAGACUACGUUCUCUGGUUCCAGGCUGAGUCUUAUCUGGCCAAGUUAAAACAUACACCUCAUACUUACCAGCCUUCUACUUACACCAGCUUUCAGUUUUACUAGUACAUAAAAAUCGUUUCAAUGAUCGUUUCCAAAAGGACACAAAUAUUAUGGCCGUUGAACUAUUUUAAAUGAUUUCAUUCCUUAUUCACAAUAGAGAAUGUUCCAAGACCCUCAAAAUGUACAAUACUGUACAUUUUAAAGACAGUUUCUUUGUAUGCAAUAUGAGUAGGAUGAUGAUGAAAACAGAGCCUUCGCUGUCCCAUAAAAGAACACUUGUGAUCAAGGCAGAACAAUUUAGAACCCUGAAGGAGACAUGAAGCCCCAGCCUCAGGUCAUGUUUCAUAGUC